AUGAAAAUAGGUUGUUUAUGUGAAGAGCUCGACUGGACUGCACACUCACAUCCAAGAUUUUGGUUUCUGCUGUUUUGCAAAUCAACUCUGUUAAUCUUAUGGGACAUUACAGUUCUCGCCAAUCGGAUUGCUUGGGUAAUUGGGUCAAUUGUUAAUACAGAGCAAUCCGCUUUUGUAAAGGGUCAUCAAAUUCUUGACGGGCCAUUGAUUCAGGCAUGCUUGAACUUGGCUAAAGCAUCCAUGCUAGUUAUUGAGAGCCUGUAUCAGGAGUUCUGUAUCAAGAGAGGUCUUGGACAGUGUGACCCACUCUCAUCGUAUUUGUUCAUUAUUGUUAUGGAAGGAUUACAUGUGGCUCUUGAAGAUGUAAAUUUUGCAGAUCUUUUGAGUGGAGUAGUGGUGGGGCCGAAUAAUCUUAUCUUGUCAUACCUCUUUUAUGUGGAUGAUGUGUUAUUGUUGGGUGAAUGGUCUAAGAGAAAUACAAAAAACAUGAUUAUGAUGCUUAACUAUUUUUACCUUGUGUCAAGGUUAAAGAUGAACCUUCAUAAAUCAAAUUUGUAUGGUGUGGGGGUUCAACCUGACGAAGUGGUCGAGAUGGCAACGAUUACUGGUUGUGCCUCAGGUAAGCUUCUGUUUCUUUAUCUAGGGCUUCUAGUGAUUGAAAAUAUGGCUCGAGUUCGGAGUAGGCAGAGGCUUUUUGAUUGA